CUGUUGUCGUUGAAAUAAAAAUUGUGUGAUUUGUCGGAGUGUGUGUGUGUGUUUGUGAUGGGUUUUUUUUGUUCCCCUUCACUUCCAAUUAAUUGGAGAUUGUAGUAAUGUUCAUGAUCAUAUUCGCGCGAUCUCGACGGUUUUCCCUCUGUUCUUUUGUAAAAUUCUAUCGCGUUUAUGCUAAAGAAUUUAGUCUUGCAAUUGAUUUGAUGGUAAAGGGUGUGAAGAGCGUUGCGUGCAAGUCAGCAUCGCACCAGGUGUUCAAGGACAGAGCGAAGAAUCGCGUUGAUGAUCUGCAGGGAAUAUUCAGCGACCUUCAAUCCGCCAGGAAAGAGAGCCGCACCAUUGAUGUGGCUGUGCUCGAGGAGCAAGUUCAUCAAAUGCUCCGAGAGUGGAAGGCCGAGCUCAAUGACCCCUCUCCAGCUUCUUCAUUGCACCAGGUAGGGAGCCUUGGCUUCUCGUCCGAUAUUUCUAGGCUGUUGCAGCUUUGUGAGGAGGAAGAUGACGCCACUAGUGCAUUAGCUGCCCCAAAGCCAGAGCCUGAUGCCCAAAAGGCUGUUCAUGGAUUUACUUGUCAACAGGUGUUCCCGCUGGUCGAUCAUUGCAAAGGCACCGGCAUGGGAGCUGGCAACAUGGGAAUGAAUAAUAAUAUGGCUUUAGCAAGGCAACUAGAAUUGCAGUCGGUUGCUGUGCAUCAUGAACUCGAGCAACAAGAUUUCACGGGGUUCAGUACUACCAGUUUUCUUGGGGUUGAUAGAUUGCCUCAGUUGCCAGGCUAUCAACAGACUAUCCAUCCUCCCCCUUCUGCUUUUUUAGGGGCGAAAUGCGCACUUUGGGACUGUCCUAGACCGGCACUCGGCUUAGGCUGGUCUCAAGAGCCUGAUGAGUACUGCAGCGUUUAUCAUGCCGGGCUUGCACCUGGAGAGGGCUACCCUGGUAGGGCUCCAGUCGUACGACCCGGAGGCAUUGGUUUGAAAGAUAACUUACUAUUUGCCGCCCUUGGCGCAAAGGCACAAGGGAAAGAUGUUGGUAUUCCUGAAUGUGAGGGUGCAGCUACUACAAAAUCCCCUUGGAACGCACCUGAGCUCUUUGAUCUGACCAUUUUGGAAGGUGAAACAUUAAGGGAGUGGCUGUUUUUCGACAAACCACGCAGAGCAUUCGAGAGUGGAAACAGAAAGCAACGGUCUCUUCCAGAUUACAACGGGAGGGGCUGGCACGAGUCAAGAAAGCAGGUGAUGAAUGAGUUUGGAGGUUUGAAGAGAUCCUACUACAUGGACCCCCAGCCAAUGGAAAAUUUCGAAUGGCACCUCUAUGAGUACGAAAUCAACAAAUAUGAUGCUUGUGCACUGUAUAGGUUGGAAGUGAAGCGGGUUGACGGGAAGAAGGCUACAAAAGGGAAAUCGGGCAAUGAUUCUGUGGCUGAUCUGCAAAAGCAACUGGGUAGGCUGAGUGCUGAAUUCCCCAAUGACAAGCAUCGUGUUCUCAAGUUAAGGGGAAAGGCCAAUGUGAAGGUGGAUGUAAAUGGAAGCAUCUAUCCUGGGCCUAAUUCGUUGCCAAGCCCCGGUGAAGGGCUCGAUUUUGCAAGAGGUGCGCCUUAUGAUUAUCUUGUUGAUAGCUACUUUAUCUGACUUGAUUAACUGAAUCUGGAAGCAGACUUGAAUAAGAUAACAAUUUGUUAUGUUAUAUUAUAUCUCGUAUUUCACUCAACCCGACCAGAUUUAACUGCUAGAAUAGGGAAAAUGGCUGUUGCUUUGGUGAAUACUACAAUAGUUGGUGGGGAAUUUGUUGAAGCCUCAGAAAUUUCAGCCAAUAUCUUACGGAUUAUGUAGAAUGCCUUGAUUUCUAAUGUUGGUUUUUGUGCAGUA